AUGUCCAGUUGGUUCUCAUCCAAAUGGGCUCGGCUUAUCGCCGGCAAGAAGCCUUGGCCUCCGUCGGAGCUUGAACGACACUCCGUCUUUAUCCACGACUGCAAUGCCCUUCAGCAUUUCUGGAACUCCAAUUCCUCCCGCUCCGUCGAAGAGUCGAUCGCUUUCGCGCGCACCUAUCUCGAACGCCUCAACUUCCUCCUGACCGACGAGUCUCGCGGUCCCUCACCACACAACUGCGUCGAGACCGCCGCUAGCUCACGCAUCUUCGUGACAGUCGCUCUCAUCUCGCUCGCCUAUCACGACGAUGACCUGGUCCGAUCCGCCGCGAUCUUCUUCAACCACAUAAUUCACGCCGGGGUGCUGAAGACAGAAGAGGAGAGCGAAAGGGGAAGGGGAAGACCAAAGGAAAGCAUCUCGACGGCAUUUUCUCGCGCCUUGGUCGACCUUGUCCGUCAGGCAGAUAAAACAUCCGACAAAACUGAGACACUUCUAGUGGAACUCCUCUUCGGCAUCGCCAACAACAUUCGCCUGCAGCCCGAGACCUUAUCAACAUGGUUCCGGCCACGCGUUACCCCGGUCCGCUCAGAUACGGAGUCAACAGGACCAAGUGGUGCGGAGUUUGCGGGUGCGACGCGUAAGGAUGAAUUCCCUCUCUUCUACAUGCUGGUCGACUAUGUCCACAGUGACAAGAGCGCCGGUGACUUUGCGCGGACGGGACUUUUAUAUAUUAUCGAAACUGCAUCUCGCUCCAAGAGCCUCGAGAGAUGGUUGAUUGAAAGUGAUUUGGCGACUUUGAUGGCUAUUGGCUUAGGUGCACUCUACAGUCAGUUGGGAAGCCUCGAAUACAUCCCAACCGACGACGAUGUGCCUCGGGUGGUCGCCCUCUCCGACCAUGCGAAGGAGGAGACUGCCCUCCAGCCCACAUUGAGCGAAGCAAUGGACACAUUCAUGUCAUAUCUGCUCUUCUGGCAGGAUACCAUCGACCAUUGCAAGUCCGCUGAAGUCAACGACACUCUUUUGGAUCACUUCCAGGUCCUAUUCCUUGAACAAUUAUUAUACCCUUCGUUACUGGAGUCAUCCGAUGUGGCUGGCGGCUCGACAGCUGCAGUUUUAACUUAUCUCUGCCGGAUUCUCGACUCGGUUGAACAGGGCGAGCUGGUUCACCGAAUCUUGCAUUUCUUGCUGGCUUCUUCCCCGCCACCCGAACAACAGAUGGAUAUGUCGGCCAGCCGUCGGAAAUCGAUCAAUGUGCUGGCCGCAUUGUCGUCUGAGGCGGCUCAGCCCUCCCCCUCUCUAUUUAACUUGCGUGAUUUGGCGUUGCUUGGCUUGCAAUCUGCCAAUCGUCAAACUGUGCUCGCCACCCUGCGCCUGUUAAAUGUUGUCCUCCAACGCCACCACCCAUUCGCACGAUCUCUUAUCCACACUAUCCCCAGCCAACCAGCGCGGCAACGGUCGAUCGGUGCUUUUAAUGCAGAGCUGGAGCAUCUUCUUGGUCUCGCUACUUCGAUUUUCACGGAAUCGUCCUUGAACGAGUCCUACGAUAACUACGUGGCCGAUGCCACCUGGGUCCUCGAAUCGCGGCUUUGUCUCCCUGUAUCUGAUGAGGAGGCCGAGAAAGUGGUCCCACUUCCGCAACAACUUCAACAGGAUGACCCGAUCGUGCAGGGUCUACUCACAUGCCUAGAUACAUUUUUCACAAAUAGCGUGAUCGUCAAUCUUGCACUGACUGGAGUGUUUAUGAGUUUGGCAUCUUCACACUUAUUCGCCUUGGAUGGCUGGGUGCUGGUCGACCCGGCAUGCUACGACAAACCCUCAUCAGAGUCUUCCGACACAAUUGAUCAAGUUCGCCAAGCAUACCAGGUCCCAACAUGGCCCGAAACCGCAGCGCCCACGUUGACCCUCGCACUGCAAAAGCUCGUCGAACAGGUGCGCCAGUGGCAGAAAGAUCUGCCCGAUUUCGACGUCCUUGUCGCUGCUAGAAGAGAACUCCUCCACCAAGGUGACCGCCCCCAGACGCCUACGCCUGUUCGUUCUCGCGAGGCCUCUGAACCACCGGUCCCGGGGUCAGUGGAUCGCUCGCGCCCGUCGUUCCCGGGAUCGCCUGAAUCUUCGUUGCCUGGGUCUCGGGGUCGUUCCCCUAACAAUAUUGGCUCUCCCGCUAUGAAUCCUAGUGCUAUGGCUAUGCGGGGAGAGUCCGUUGCACGCCCAGAUGAGUCUCGUGGAUCUUCAACGUCACGAACAGUGACGGCUGAGGCCCUGCGUCGACGCCUUGCCACGCCAUUUCCCCCUGCAGUGACAGCGACGGGGUCAACCCCAACGGACGCGGAACCCGUCGGGGCCAGUGAUGAAGCUAGUGGUGAGGCGACAGCGAACGCGGAGGAAACUGACUCCCCGGGUGCGACUCUGGGCCACGUUCUGACUAACGUGGUCAUUCUGUACGAGUUUCUCCUGGAGCUGUCGGCGGUGGUACAAGCGCGGGGAAGUCUGUUUGAGGAGGCGGGAUACCAAUAG